AUGACGGUGUUGGAGGACAGCAGGAGAAAAACCACCGACCUACGGCUGGUAUUGUUGCGGAAUAAACUUUUGACUUCAUAUCGUUCCAGCUACUCUAUAUCAGAUGUUCAAAUGGUCUGGUUGUUCUUCACUUCAAUCAUAGCGACAAUUACCUGCAAAGAGAAUCCACGAGUGCAUACACCUUUGGGCGAUAUGGUAGGUGUGGUGAAAAUGAUUAGAAAUGAAGAAGUUUAUCAGUUCAGGAACAUUCCGUAUGCUAAACCACCGACGGGAAACUUAAGAUUCGCCAAGCCAAUACCCCAUAAUUCGUGGUCUGGUGUUCUUAAUGCUACUGAAUUUGGGCCUUCGUGUAUGCAGCCACCAUAUGAAAACUACAUAUAUGAUAAAUACAAACCUAAUGCAGACAUAUCAGAAGAUUGUUUGUCAUUAAACGUGUACACCCCAAGGAACAUCUUUAUAAACGCCAAUCGAUCUGUCAUGGUUUGGAUACACGGAGGUAGCUAUUUUAUUGGACAGGGAUCAUCAUAUGACGGGUCUUACCUCGCACUGACAGGAGAUGUAGUUGUUGUAACACUCAACUACCGGCUAGGGCUGUUUGGAAUUUUGACAUCUCCAGAAAAUGGGAUUUUAGGGAACUAUGGCAUAUGGGAUCAGCGUCUGGCGCUAGAAUGGGUACAGACAAACAUUGUAUCUUUUGGUGGGAAUCCGAAUUCUGUUACAAUAUUUGGACAAUCUGCUGGGGGCUUUUGCGUAUCGCUACAUGCAAUUUUACCCCAAACAAGAGGUCUGUUUCACCGAGUUAUUUCUCAGAGUGGAAGUCCUGAGGGUUCUCUUGCGUUAUGGCUAAACGCAUUAUCUACAUCGGAAGCAAUCAUAAGGAUGUCCGAUUGUAAAACCGAAAACUUGACAACACUAACGUGUAUGCGAAAAAGGCCAGCCUCAGAAAUAGUUUACAAUUCUAAUAACCUUUUUAGGAAUCAAUUUUCCAACGAGGAUUAUUUCGGCUUACCAUCUGGCCCUGUUGUUGACAACGACUUGGUCCAUGAGGAUCCAGCUAUGUUGCUCAUCAACAAG